AUGGAGAAAAUCAUUGCGGCGGGCAUGUCCCGGGCAGAGGAAACCCGGCUCAAGUUCAACAUCGGCCAACACGAGGUUGUUGUUCGUGACCAACUCUCAAACGCCGCCAGUUUCGUAGACUGGGGCAAAGACUGGAUUGGAGAGGCAGUCAAGGCCAGUCCAGAAGCUAGCCUCGUCUGGGCUGGUGUCUGUGCUGUUCUGCCGCUCUUGACGAAUGCGAUAUUAGCAAAAGAGGCCAACGAGACAGGCUUCACGUAUGUUACAACCAGAAUGCGCUACUAUGCUGCGAUCCAAUCUCUCCUUCUCCCAGAGAAGAGAAAAGAGGAGGCUAGUGAGGCUAUCAACACCGAGUUCCGAAAGACGAUCAUACAGCUAUACAAGCAAAUCAUUGACUAUCAAGUUCAGAGCGUGCUAAGGUUUUUUCGAAGCAAAGCCAAGACGAUUGCUAGGGAGGCAGUGAAGAAAGACGACUGGGAAAAGAUGGUCGAAAAGAUCAAAGAAACGGAAUCAGCCAUCCAACAAGACUCUCAACAGGUGAACACUGCCAUGAGUAGGGAGGAAUUGGCAGCGCUCGCAAAGAAGGCGGAGCAGAUAUAUGAAGCCAUGAAGCAAAUCCUUCAUGUAGCCGAAGAACAACUUAAAGAAACCCAGAAACAAAAUGAAAUUCUGUCUGAACAACUCGGCGUUAUCAAAGACCAACGCGAUAUCGGAGAGAAGUUACUUGCUCUAGCGGCUCAGCGCGAAGAAUGCUUGCAGCUCUUUCGACUGACAGACUUUCAAUGGUACAAGGACCGUGUGGAAAACAGAGUGGAAGAUACUUGCCUGUGGUUUCUCGAGCAUGACAAUUACAAGAACUGGCUUGCUGCCAGUCGCGGCCCGCUGUUAGUAUCAGCCGAUCCAGGUUGCGGAAAGUCUGUGCUAUCCAAAUAUUUGGUCGAACAUGAGCUUCCAAAACGUAGCGAAGCGACAAUAUGCUACUUCUUCUUUAAGGAAGGGGAUCAGAACUCUGCAUCGCAGGUGCUAUCAUCUUUAAUACACCAGAUUCUAACCAAAAUACCAAGCUUGGUCGAGCACGCUUCAAAGGAAGUUGUGGCGAAUGGGAAGAAUAUCACCAACAUGUUGACCUCACUAUGGGCUAUCCUAGAAAACUUAGUUGAGGACCCCUCCGCCGGUGAAGUCAUAUGGGUACUUGAUGCGCUGGAUGAGUGUAUACACGGCGAUCUUGCCAUCAUUGCACAAAUGAUGAAUGAAUACUUCAACGACGCUCGGAGCAACAAAUCAAAACUGAAGAUCAUUCUUACUAGUCGACCAUAUGACGACGUGACAUUCAAGUUUGAAGGCCUUGCCGAAAGCUUUCCCACUAUUCGCAUACAUGGAGAGGACGAAUGGGCAGUCGCCAGUAUAACCCGAGAGAUCAAUGCAGUCAUUGAGUAUCGUGUGGACAAAUUGGCCAAAGAGAAGAAACUCUCUCCAAGUAUCAAAUCACACCUCAAGAAACGCUUACACGAAGUACCACACCGUACUUAUCUCUGGGUUUAUCUUGUGUUCGACUACCUAACCACACACCUCUUCAAGAAAACGGUGAAGGGUGUCGACGCUGCCUUGGACACGCUUCCGGAAACAAUCGAAGAAGCUUACGAAAAGAUGCUGAAUCGUUGCACGGAACCAGACCAGGCUCGAAGAGCUCUUCAGAUUCUGUUGGCGGCAUACCGACCCCUGAGGCUGAGCGAAAUGAAAGUUGCUGUCGGGAUCACGCCUGAAGCCUCAUCUCUUGACGAUCUUGACCUGGAAGAAGAUGAAGACUUCAAGCUCAGACUUCGGGAUUGGUGCGGACUGUUCGUAUCUGUUUUCGACGACAAGGUCUACUUUCUCCACCAGACAGCAAGGGAGUUCUUGAUUGCGAACCCCCUUCUGCCGACACAACAGCCGCUUACCUGGGCUCAUACAUUUGCUAUCGGUGAUACUCAUGCUUAUCUUGCAGGAGUAUGCAUGAUCUACCUCUGUUUCGAAGGGCUAGACUUUGAAAAGGCAGUGUCGCUAGACCCCCAAAGCAAGAAACAGCCCAAUGCUGUCAUAACCAAUAGGGGCUCGAAAUAUAGUGUCAUGAUCCACGAAGAAAUCGUAGAGAAGGAAGAGCAACCAUUCUUGAAGUACGCACUGAAUAUGUGGGACGAUCACAUUCGGGAAUACGGUAGCACACCGCGAGAUAUGCGAGACUUUUAUAGCAUUCUCUGCGACACUUCCAAUAAGACAUGCAAGGCUUGGUUCGAAUCCCGAGAGAGCUGGGCAGAAUUUGGCAUCGAAGAUUUGAGUCCUCUGGGAAUACGUUGUCUUUUAGGGCACCUCGAAAGCGUCAAGCGUGCUGUGUCCAAAGGGGCAGAUGUCAAUGAACUUCCAAACGAGGAUGGCCUCUCUCCCCUUUAUGCAGCUACAGUCGGCCGACAUUUCGACGUAUUUGAAUACCUCCUAUCCCAGGGAGCAGAUCCCAAUUGCUCCUGGUGCAGUGUCCUCCUAUCACAGCAAAUAAUCCUGGAGCAAGCAAAUCACCCCUGGGAACAGCGAAAUUGGGAGAAUCCCAAGUAUGGAGAAAAAUCAUUACAACAGCAGAUCGUGUACGAUAAGAUACCAUGGCUCGAGCGCGCUCUCGAGCACGGGAUGGAUCCAAACCCCAAAUGCAAAUGGGGAUUUUCCCUCCUGCAUCUCGCCACGACUAGCCAGGUAGUAAAAGCUCUCUGCGAUAACGGCGCUGAUGUCAAUGCCAAGGAUUAUUGGGGUGUAACUCCGUUAGACAUAUGCUCCAUCGAUGAAGUGAAGGAUACUCUUCUCUCUUUUGGUGCCCAGCAUGGAUCAGCUGCAGAGGCUGCGGAUAGAACGUCAACUGGACUAACAGAACUUGAGCGAGAUAUUGGCGACUUGAUGAAGUCGGCGUUGCAGCAUGGGCAAUGGGAUGUGUAUCGAACUUUAUCAGCAUACUAG